AUGCCUCCCAGUAACUCAUUUACAGCAGCAUGCUGCAUUAUUGGCGAUGAGAUCCUUAAUGGCAAAACACGCGAUUCCAACGCUCAUUUUUUAGCCAAGUCCCUUUUUGAUAUCGGUGUCGACCUGAAGCGAGUAGAGAUAAUCCCGGAUGAAUACAAAGCUAUUGAAGAAACCAUAAAACGACUCUCAAGUCAACACGAUAUUGUGUUUACCAGUGGUGGUAUAGGACCAACACACGACGAUAUCACUUAUGCUGCUCUAGCUAAAGCGUACAAUCUUCCUCUUGAACUCGACCUGGAAACAUGCAAACAAAUGGAAGAAAAAUCAAGUCACAUCAAAGACUGGGUUCUUAAUGAUGCUAGAAAACGAAUGGCAAUAUUUCCAAAACCAUCCAAACUCAUUCGUACCUCCCCUGAACUCUGGGUACCUAUAGUGGUUGUGAAUGAAAACAUACAUGUUCUACCCGGAAUUCCUCGUCUUUUCGAGAGACUCAUACACUCUCUUCAACCUCACCUCAUAUCAUUAAUUGAAGCUAAAACCGGACGUUCCACUCCAGAAAAGUACCAUCGUAUCCAGAUUGCCACGGCUCAACCAGAAGGAAAAAUUGCUCAAUGCUUGACAGCAGCACAGAAUCAGGUUAAGGAUUAUAAUAUUAAAAUCGGAAGCUACCCAAAGUGGGGCCAGGAUUCCCAUGGGACCCGUGUUGUGGUGAGUAUUGUUGGCAAGGACGAAAAGGCCGUACAAGCAUUAGCAAAAGAUAUUUCGGAUCAAAUUGAAGGCUGGAUCUAUGUUCCUUGA